UCACCGGUGCCCAAGGUGAAGCCUCCACCACCCCCAAGGCGGCCCAAGGCUCCCAAAAAGCCCAAGCUUGAGACCUUCGAGCCAGAGAUGCCCAAGUACUCGGACAAGUGCGUCGGGUAUGGAGAUCUGUGGAAGAAGGUGCAGGAGACAACUGUGAAUGAGGCUGGAGAGGAGGAGUCGAAUGCAGAGGAGCUUGCGACUGAGGAAGAAUCCCAGGCCGGAUACAAGGAUCGACAGAUAGGCAGGCCAAGUGAAAGGCUAUGCAGCGACCUUGCGGGUACUUACGGCGGCAUCCGGAGCAAGUGGGCCGGAGGGGAUGGCAAGGCAAUCCAGAAGCCAAUGCCCUAUGCGUAUGAGGCGCUGAGCUGUCGGACUGUGGCUCGGGAGGAUCCCGAAGUAGGUUGCCUCGACCGAUCAGGCGCUGUGGCCUUCAAGGGCCAGGAGGUCUUCCGGCACCUGAACUUUCUCAUCGAGGGCAUGAACCUUCCUACAACUAUCGCAACCACGUGCGCAGACUUGGCCGACGUUUGCAAGGGCAUCGUCAAUUCUGUUUAUGCGGGCGUCAAGCUCCUCAAGUACACGGGAGCGGAGAUCCUGCAGAGCCAAAUCAACUCAGCGGCCUCGAAAGACUGCUCCGCCGCCCAGGCGAACUUCGCGAGGAUGUUCUGCGAUGUUCACUGCGUCCGGGAUGCGGUGAUCAGAGGAGACAGAACCAUCCUCCGCAACCUCAAGAAAGCCACGGACAUCACAAAUGGCAACACUGCGAAGCUGGCCGAGUGGAUUGUCAAAACUCAGCAGCUCGAUGUUUCUUGGCUGGCCGAGAAGAUUGAUCACCAAACCGUGGUGCAAAACCUU